UGUUGUUGUUGUUGUGUCCCGUCCAGUCGCCUCCGACCCACGCAACGUGUGUGCUGGACCUGCCCUAGAUGUGGAAGUACUGCAGCUCCCAGCAUCCCUUUCCCUGCUGGAGAGACCAGCCAAGGCAGCGGGGAGUUGCAGUCUGAAUCUAAUGCAUCUGGAAGAGAGCCACUUGGAGGAGGGCUUCCACGCAAGCUGCCCACUUCUUGCCUCAUCUCUUCCGUGGCUUUCUCACCCCGGGACUGGCCUGGAAAAGGGACUACGGAGAAGACACAGCAUUUCACUGAGCAAGUUGGUGACUCCCAGAGCCGGUGAAGCCAACGGCCAGGCUGUCUAAACGGAGAACAGAAAAUUCUUCUUCCAACAUGGACUGUUUUUCAACAGUUUGUCUUCUGUCAUCUUUGCACUGAAGCAGCAUCAGACUAUUGGUUUCCUUUCCUCUAACUGGAAGCUCUGAGAAAAAACUUCAAGCGAAAAUGCCUGAUGAAAGAAGGACAACCCCUCCUGUCUCCAAAGUUCAGGACCGAGGUUGGGCAUGGGUGGUCUUGGCGGCCACAGUGCUGGUUCAAGCCUUGACUCUGGGCUUCCCUUCCUGCAUUGGAGUCUUCUUCAAGAACCUGCAGUAUGACUUCCAAGCCAGCAACAGUGAAACGUCAUGGUUUCCCUCCAUCAUGACAGCUGUGUUACACGCAGGUGGGCCCCUUUGCAGUAUUUUGGUGGAACGAUUUGGCUGCAGGGUCACUGUCAUGCUGGGAGGCCUUCUCAGUGGCGUGGGCAUGGUUGCCAGUGCUUUCUCCAGGUCUAUUAGUCAGCUGUACAUAACAGCUGGAUUCAUCACCGGCUUGGGAUCAUGUUUCAGCUUCCAGGCAGGGGUCACUGUGCUUGGCUACUACUUCAUACGCCGUCGCGCCCUUGCCAAUGCGCUGGCCUCCACGGGUGUCUCCAUGGGCUUGACACUGUGGCCGCUGAUCUCCCAGUUCCUGCUUGAUGAGAUGGGCUGGAGAAACACAUUCCUCAUCUUCGGGGGAGUGCUGUUGAACUGCUGUGUAUGUGGGGCUGUGAUGAGGCCAGUCCCAGUGAACCCCCCAGCCCCCACACCAAAGCCCUGCCCUGGAAAGUUGCUAGAGGAGACACAUUUAUCCAAUGGCAAUACCUCAUGUCAUGAGGAGCCACUGCGUCCAUCCAAAUGUGCUGCUUGCCUUCAGACCCUGCAGAAGUACCUGGCUUUUGAUAUCUUCUGCAAGAACAAAGGCUACCAAAUCUACACCAUUGGCGUGUCCUGGAUGGUGAUGGGUUUUGUGCUGCCCCUCAUCUACCUGGUGCCCUAUGCCAUCCUGAAUGGAGUGGAGGAGCGCAAGGCAGCACUGCUUGUCUCCAUCAUUGGCUUAAUCAACAUCUUCAUGCGGCCCAUGGCUGGCCUGCUCUCAGGCCUCAGUCUCUUCAAUGGCCGGCGGAUCUACCUCUUUAGCAUGGCUGUCAUGUUCAAUGGUUUGAGCAACCUUAUUUGUGCCAUCUCAGCUGAGUACAAUAUUCUCGUUUUUUACUGCCUGGUCUAUAGUGUGUCCAUGAGUGUCAUAGGCGCACUUAUUUUCCAGGUAUUAAUGGAUGUGGUGGAAAUGGACCGGUUCUCCAGUGCCUUGGGGCUCUUCACCAUCUUGGAAAGUGUCACCAUUCUCAUUGGACCUCCUCUUGCAGGUCUUCUGGUGGAUCUAUUAGGUCACUAUCGCUAUGUCUUUUAUGCUUCCUGCUUCUUUAUGGUCACAGCGGCUCUCUUCAUGGGUCUUAGCUUCUGCACCAUGGAAGCAAAAGCCAAACUGAAAGAAACUAAUAAACCACCACUUGAGAACCCACCCAGGGGCAAGUACACAGAGGUGCCAGCUGAACUGGAGCCUGAGAAAAAUGGCUCUCCAGAUGUCUCCUAUGUCACAAGCAUCUGAAUCCAAAGGAGCUGGAGAAGCAUUGCAUUCCUCACAAUUGCAAGAGAUCUGGAGGCAGAAGGGAAAAACAAGUGCCUCAUCCUUUCCUAUUCCCUCUGGUACUCACCAGUUUCCUGCUGCAGCCUUCUACUCAACCAUGUUGGGCUCAGGUUUCUAGAUGAGGAAUCUAGAUCGGACAAUAUGAGUUCAAAGCCCUCCAGAAAUCCAGAGAGCACUUUAAACAAAAUAUUCAUGAUGCACGGGGUCAAACAAGGACAUUGGCUGGUAAUGAGGUAAUAUCUAUUUUACUUGAAGCACAGCCAUUUUUAUGAUCAUGAGGUUUCCAUUUCAUUUUCCAGUACAUAUAAAUGAAAAGACUUCUUCACGCUUCAGGUUAUGAAUUACAAUCAUUUCCUGAUAAAAAGGCCACUCCAGCAAGGGACUUCCAAAAUGUUUCUGGACAGGCCCAUUUGCCAGAACUGAACUCAAGAAGUCCACCGGAUGACCCUCUUCAAGCUCAAGAGAUGAGCUCUGUCUUCCUUAUGGGGCCUUAGUGCUAGGCUCCUUGAAUGUUGCACAGAAUUUUUCAUUCCUGCUGUAUAAUCUGAGGCCAGUUACUAUAUGAAUAUAUAUCACUUCUCUUGCUUAUAGUAGUCACAGCAGGGGUAAGUGGGGUAGCAAAUGAUAUUAAAUGAAGUGAGUCAUAUCUGCUUUUUAAGGGUAUUUUGAGUAGCAACAAAAUGAAAAGUUAGCAGCACUUCACCAUAAAAACUGCUUAGCUUCAAAGUGCCAGUAAUUCUAGCCAGUAGUGUCUUAAAUCCUUUGUUCUUAUUUGAAAUUCAUUAAUAGUGAAAAAAGGGGUCACAGCCAAUCAAAAAGAGCAGAAGCGGCCAUAGUGUUUUGCCAGCAUUAGAUCAUAACAGUCAUACAAAUGCCCACACAGGGACAUCAUCUUAUUCUCCUUGAGACAUCACCUUUAUUGUAGAUAUGUGUAAUCUCUGUAAAGCUAAUGUAGAAGAAAUAUAUAAACUAAAAGUAAUACAUUACAUGUGGGUAAACUGACACCUCUAUGCGCAUACAUUAGUGUAAAGAAACACUAAAGAUGACCAGUGCCAUCCUUUUUGGCAUAUUUAAAUCAAAAGGUCAGACUCAAAAGUGUUUUUGUUCUGGAGUGAUGUUCCUUUCUUAGAUCACAUGCAAAAACUGAUAUUAGGGAACUGGUGCUUUCUCUGCUAUUUGUUUUCCUAAAGUGAUUGCUUCAUGAUAAAAUUAGCCCUGGAAAUGACCCAGGAAGCCGAGUUGCCUGGAAAAAUUUGUAGCUCAUUUUGCCAGAUCCCCUGAAUUUGAUCCUCCGGGCCUAGCCUUGUAAAAGCAGUCAUGUUUGAACUGGAAAACAAUUCAGAUUUUGCUUGUUUUUUCUUCACAGUUCCAGGCCCAUGUCUCACAUUCUGUUCUUCCUGUUCUGAUAUCUCACUAAACACUGACUUUCAACUUUUCAAACAGGUCUGGUGGGAAGGAAACAUUGUCUACAAACUCUAACCUAUUCAGAGUGUUUUGGAAGGUCAUUGGAUAUAGAAACAGAUAAGAACAGGGUUCCUCGAAGUUUUUAAGCAGAGGGCUGGUCCACAAUCCUUCAGAUUGUUGAGGGGCUGAAUUAUCAUUUUAAAAAAUACGAACAAAUUUCUAUGCACACUGCACAUGUCUUAUUUGUAGUGCAAAAACAACAACAAGAUCGAAAGAACAAUACAAUAUUUUAAAAUAAAAACUAUUUUAACCAACAUAAACCUAUCAGGAUUUCAAUGGGAAGCGUGGGCCUGCUUCUGGCCAAUGAGAUAGUCAAGUUAAUUAGGAUUGUUAUUGUUGUGUGCUUUCAAGUCAUUUCAGACUUUGGGCAAGCCUAAGACUAAAACGUAGGGCGGGGGGCAGGUAAAUGACCUUGGAGGGCCGAAUCUGGCCCCGGGCCUUAGUUUGAGGAGCCCUGGAUAAGGAGGUCAUUGCAAUCCCGCUGUUGUAUUUAAACUGAUGGAUUUUGCUUGGAUGCCAGGUCCAAAACCUUUUUUGAGGCAGAGGAACCAGGUGGUUCUUCCUCCUUAGCUCAACUAACAUGGACCACAAUCUUUUGCAUAAACAUUUUCAGAGCUGAAUAGCAGUUGCAUACAGACAGAACAACCCCACUUUGUGGCUUUGAUAGAAGGCAUCCAGUUAACUGUGGCCAUAUAUGAGGUAUGCCUGCCAUUCUACCACAUGUAAAAUAGGUCAUAGAAUAUCGUGUCCUGAGGGAGCCUAUACACAUUUGGAUGGAUUUUACAUGUUUAAAGAAUGAAUGUCUAACAUAUCUAUUCAAAUAUACAUUCUUGCACACAUGUGUAUGUACACACAUGCACAGUCUGGAAAAGCUGUGUUUUGGAAAGCCAGAUCUUCUAGCUUUACAAGAUUCCUGAAUGUUUAUACACUAGAAAGACAUAUUUGGCUCUCUUUCAUAUUAUUUGUGUGCCUAACAUUGUCAAGAGAGGAACAAAAUGGAGGUAGAGACAGAAAGUGCCCCAUGAUGUGUUCAGGACUGAAAUGGGACUUACAGGAAACUGACCUACAGCUCAGUUGUUUCAGGUCCUAAUUCAGAUGGGUUUUUGUUUUCUAACAUUUAAAAUCCAUGACAAUAAUAUGGUAGUUCUAUGCCUAGAUGCAGACAAAUGACAGAAGCAAGCUGUUAAUUUCAUCCUCCACUCUUAGCAGGGUUCUCUGAAUUUCCCAGCCAAGGAUUUUACUGCCUGGUGAUUUUAGGAGUCGGUCUCUGCUGUUAAAUGUCGCAGAGGCAUCUGGCUGGCUAUGUUGGAGGUAAAAUAUUGAACUAGAAAGACACAUUGGCUUUGUUUCCUAGACCUCUUCUGUCAUCACUUCAAAGUACAUCCCACUAAGUUCAAUGGGAUCUAUGUGCAAAAGAUUGUAAUCUUAAGCAUUAUGACUUAAAGUUGUCUACCUGAGUUUACUCAAGUGAAAGUCAAAUCUAUUAUCCUCUUCUUUUUCUUCUUGCUACCUCUGAACAGUGCUUAUUUCACAGGCAAAACAUAUCUGGGGCAGUGAGGAGAAACAUUAGGUAUUUAUAACCAAAUAAAUACAGAGAUAUUCACAGAAUCUCCACACCCCUGCGCACACAAACUCCAACAUUAGAUUUAGAAUAGAGCCAUCCAAGAUAUUGUUUGAAGGACAAAGAUAAAUUCAAAUAUUUAUAAAGGUGAAAACUGUUAGUGUCUGAUCAUCAACUAAUUAUCACUGCUCUGGUGUUUAUUAAACACACCUUGAAUGGGAGUGGGCUUCUCUUUACACAAAAUUUUAACAGUAGACCAAAGAAAAUGGACAUCAAUGCAGGAUAUUUUAUCCCCAAACAAUUUGCAAUGGUUUAGUUUCAGGACUGUUGCCUGUUUGUUUAAAAAAUGCUGCAUUAUUUGCUGGAAUUUUUUAACAUAUAAUUUUUUAAAAAUGUAUGUCAUAUAUUAAGACAAUUGCUUUUAGUAACUUUUAUAAAGUUGAGAGCAUUAAAGAAAAUUGCUAUUCUUGAAUUGUAUCACACACAGAGACUUUGUGUUUGUUUCAGGCUUAAGGAAUGUAUGGUGCAUUUUCCUCUUUGAAAAUAUAUCAAUUGAUUAGGGACCAAAUCUCCUCCCCCCCCCCCAUCCAAAACUCUUUUCUGAAUAAAAAGCCAAAUAGUAUACUCUGAA